AUGUUGGCUCAGAAUGUAGCGAGCAUCUACGAUCCCUUUUGGUCGGAUCAGCCCAGUGGUUUAGGAAGAGAACGUUUCAUGGGACAACGCAUAGAAGAGCAUCUCCUUGACGAAUGGAAAGGCACAACGGAUCGUGACGACAACCCAGGAUACAUGCCCCCGUCGUUACUUUCAAAGAUCUCCUUCAUCAGGAGUAGACUGGCAAUCUUCACGCGAAUGCAAUCACAAGAAAAUCAAACGCUGCAUUUCAAAAAUCUCGGUAGCUCCAAGAGAAACCUUCUAAAUGACCUCAUGACCGAAAUUGAACUCUCCGCUGCUGCUCAUUGCGUCGAACUUACUCCACUACCUCAAGAUUACUACAAACUGACAUUCUCAUCGGCCAAUAUACUGUGUAUCGUCGCCUCUCAUGGCACAGUCAAAAAAGACCUUCCAUCUCAUACGCACACCGUGUACGAACCAUUAAGGGCAAAAACAAAGGUGUGGUCUUCCGUCACGUCCCAGGCUUCAGAAUCCCCGCAGAUGUUUGCAGCCCGUCGAUGCCACAUUGAAGAACUCAAAACAAACGAAUCUGUGUGA